AUGCUAGCUACAUCUUCGACCUCCUCAAGGUCCAAAUCGACACUGACAGACUCGACAUCAAUCCUGUCAAAUGUGGAUCUGGAAAUAGUAGAAAGGAUAUUUGAAAGAGGGAAAUACGCGACUUCCUUUCCUCAGAUAUUCAGACCUUACACAGAAGUCUUACAGGAAUGUGGCAUCUCGCCGACUAACGAUUCGACAUACUAUGGUUUCUUGCUCAAAGUAGGGGUCAUCAAGGCUCCUACCUGGGGUGAUAAAUGGACGAUAUGGAAAUCUACCUUGUCAAAUUCGACAUCACAACCCAGUCAUUCUAGUCGGUCUAUCGAAAAAGAUUACGGCGGAUCUUACGACUCCUAUGAGGGACGAUCACCAAUCAGCAGUUAUCCUCAAUCUCAACUUCCAUCUUUAAGAGCUCGAGUGCCCUUUUUAGCUUCAGCAUCCUCAGAUAUCGAUGAAGGAUUUGCUGAAUCAGUCUUGGAUGGAAGUUUGCUUCAACCCAAUCGGCCCAGUCCAAGGAAAGAAUUGUAUAAGAAAGACAAAUCGAGAUCAUUAGUUGGAUUUACACCAGAUCAAUCAUUCGUGAAUGAUCCUAAUCAGGACGAUGAAUUAGACUUCGUUCAGCCGAUUCGUACUUCUACCCCAGUAUUUCGUUCUCCGGAUUACAGACGACUAAAUGCUUUAGAAGGAGGAGGAGGAGGUAUACAUAUCGAUCCUCCAGCUUAUUCUGCUUCUGAUAUAAGUCAAGCCUUAGAAGAAACUACAGAAGAUUUCUCAGCUCUAGGUUUGGGUUUAUCAACACCUAAACAAGAUAAACAUGAGGUAUUUCCUCAACUCACAUGGAUAGAUAGGAUUGACGAAUUGAGUGAAGACGAAAGAAGGGUUAUGGAAAAAAGGGCAAAUGAGUUUUACAAGUUUGGUCUGCUGGGUAGAUGUUGGGAUAUGUGGUUUAAGACUUCAGAGUUCUACCGUGUGACGUACAACAAUAUCCCUAUAGCUCGCGACAAUCUGUUACUUCGUCAAGUCUUGGAAAAUUGGUCAAGAUCAACUCGGUAUCAACUUUCUUUACCUAAUACAGCUGAUGGUCAUCGAAGGAUACACCUCGAAUCUGUAGUGUUGCGGAAAUGGAUACAGAGAUUGAAAGAGAAGAAGCUACGUAUCAUGGAGAUGUCUUUCAAUGAAGAUAGAAGAAUUCAGAACGUGAAGAAGAUCUUUAAGAAUUGGAACUUGGGUGCUCAGAAAAGGAGAACGGAAAGGUGGAAGCUUGAUAUGGCUGAGAAAGAACUGCUGUUUGUGCAGAAAAGGGAUAGGGGUAAAUUACGGGAAACCCUUACUUAUUGGAGGAUUGAAACUCGUGGCCGAUUGGCAGAAGCAGAUGUAAAAAGACGAGUCGUCCAUGUCGUUUUGAAUGAAUGGCAAUAUUUAGCUCAAAAGCAGAAGGAACUGCGUACGAUAUCUUACAACAUCGAAAAGCAAAAACUGAGGAGUAUAUUCGAUGCAUGGAAACGAAAGUUUGUCUUUCGGCCAAGGGAAGAUGAGAUAAGGGAAAGACGAGAAUCGAUUCUGGUCAGGAAAGUAUGGGGUGAUUGGCGUAUAUCCAGCUGGCAAGCGAGACAGUCAAUUACCUUCGAUCGUCGUCGAUUGCUGUUGAUGGUCGUGGAUAAAUGGCGAACGACAAGACAACGUAACAAAACAAUGGAGCGUAAGGCUAGUAUAUAUGAUAGGACUAGUCUACUCGACAAGACUUUCAGAGGCUGGAAACUAGAAUCAUGGGCAAGGUUGCUGAUCCACACAAAGGAGAAGAGAUCGCAACAGAGAUUGUGGUUGAAAUGGAAGGACAGAAUCAGCAAUGUAGCUCGACUGGGAGCCAUUUCCGACGAGUUUGUCUUCCAGCAUGAACGUCUCAAACUGCAAUCAGUCUUCUCGCACUGGCGGUCUUCAACUUCAACGCGUCAAACGAAUCAUCUUAGAGCAAUAUUGAUCCAUGAGCGAAAUUUCAGACUUACCCUUUUCUCCAAGUGGAGAGCUUCCACGGAGACCAUCAAAACUAAUAUUGUAUUAGCUGAUAAGGCACAUGCUUUCUUUCUGUUGAGAACUGCUUUUACAGCUUGGAGAGUCGAAGAUGCAAAGAGAAAGGGGGAAAGAUGGCUGGAAGACCGAAACAAAGCGAAACUUCAAGAAGUGUUCACAAAAUGGAAAUCUCAAAGUGAUAUAUACAGGGACUUACGUAGUCGAGAAAUGGUAAUGAGGGACCAAGCCAAUGUGCAAAUUCUCAAGACAUCCCUUGGCAAAUGGACCAAUCGAGUAAUAGAAGUGAAAGAUCUUGAAUUACGCGUUGCGAGAGCUAGGGAUGACCACAGUCUGAGUAAUGCUCUGAUGGUAUGGCGUACGAAGCUCUUGAUCGUACAAGUCAACCAGAAGAAAGCAAAUGACUCUUUAGAGAUCAGAGAAUCAGAGAAUCUACGUCGUGUAGUCAGAUCUUGGAGAGGUAAAGCCAAACGGGAAAAACGUUUGAGGCUUACUGCGGAGGCAUCUCUCAUCGAGCGUGAGGAACGACUAGUCAGAAGUGUUUUCGAUAGAUGGUAUGAGAAGAAGAGAGACACGGAAUUGCAGGAUAUUGAAAACGAAAUCGCUUUCUUACAUGAAAAUGUCAUCUUAUACGGUGUCAUGGACAAGUGGAAGGCUAGUACAGAGAUCUUACCGGGUAUCACGGCAAAUACGAUACGACUGAAACGUAAAGUAGUCGGGAAAUGGUCAAUAGUCCUUGAAAGAAAGAAGAAAGCCAAAGUACUACAAAGAGAAAGAGACCAGAGGCUAAUAUCUGAAGCGUUCGCACUAUGGAAGGAUGUGACUGCUCGUAAAGCGGCCAUGAACGUCAGAAGAUUAAGGGGACGUUCUCGACCUUCUGCUUUAUCCGACAGGGGAUUUUUGUCAGGUUUACCAUUACCCCCCUCACAGCGAUUUAUUACACAUGAUAAUUUUGGCAGUCGAAGAAUCACAUCGAAUUCCUCUUCUACUCAGGAUUCCCAUGGUGCAAGAAUUCCAUCAGGAAGAUUAUCACCUAAUAAUCCUAAUAUAAAUAGUACCGAGACCGUUCAUUCUGAACCUGUUUAUUCUAGAUUACGUUCUGAACUGGGUAUAAGUACCGGAGCAGGAAGAAGAAGGAGAGGUGGAAGUGAAGAACCUGAAGUCGUACAGUAUGAAUGGCAAACAAGGAAACAAGAGGAAAUACAUAGACCUAGAAGUGGUAGUGAGAUGAUCAAAGCUUUGAGAGGUAACAUACCCGGUCGAUAG